CCCUAUAUAUUCAAACCCACCGUGCCACCUCUGAUCACUGGCACAAACUGGGUACUGGUAAACCAUCCUGGUACAUCAUGGCCUCAGACCCCCAGACUCCCGCAUCUAAACAGCAGCAGCCAGCUGCCCCUGCUUUCAAGCUGGUCAUCUUCGAGCAGGAAAGCUUCCAAGGUCGCAGUCAUGAGCUGACCGGGCCCUGCCUCAACCUGCAGGAGGCAGGAGUGGAGAAAGUGGGAUCAGUACUGGUGCUGUGUGGACCGUGGGUGGGCUAUGAGCAGGCGGACUGUAAGGGGGAGCAGUUUGUGUUUGAGAAGGGACAAUAUCCCCGCUGGGACAGCUGGACCAGCAGCAGGCGCAGCGACAGCAUUCUUGGCUUCCGCCCCAUCAAAGUGGACAGCCAGGAACAUAAGAUUGUCCUGUUUGAAAGCCCCAAUUUUGCGGGAAAGAAAAUUGAGAUCGUAGACGAUGAUGUCCCCAGCUUCCAUGCCCAUGGCUACCAGGAGAAGGUUACCUCAGUGCAGGUCCACAGCGGCACGUGGGUGGGAUACCAGUACCCUGGUUACCGUGGCUACCAGUAUCUGUUUGAGAAAGGGGAGUACAAGGAGUGUUCUGACUUUGGAGCCCAGGCACCACAGAUCCAGAGCGUCCGGCGCAUUAGGGACAUGCAGUGGCAUCAGAGAGGAACUUUCCACCCCACCAACUGA